AAACGUGCCGCAGAUAACAGGAAGGUGAUGCUAGAGCUCACGACGCGCGUGAAGUACGGGGUCGCUGCCCUCAAAGCAGAGAACUGCAUGGGAGGCGACUGCUCAGCAGUGUGAAAAGAGGGAGCUUCAGAGAAAGCCCAGCACGCUUCCUCCCGGAGCGGUCAGACGUGAACAGGCCUGGUCUGCUUCACCGAGCACGAAACCAGGGGGGACUUCACUCCCAAGUCGCUUUUAGGACGGAAACGCGAAUUAAGGACUUCUGACCCUUCAACCUCCAAAAAGAUUACUGAGAGCUUCGUGGCAUUUUGCACAAUCUCGGGGAUUCCUCUCUGCAACCUGUGAGGCGGGUGACCCCUGCACGUUACGUACGGGGUAGGCCAGCCUCGCGGCGCUCGGAAAGGGCGGGGCCGGGACCUCACCCCAGGUCCGGUGGCCCACUCCGAAGUUCCGCUCGGACUUCCCGCGUCCCGGGAAGGGGAUAGCCUUGCCACCCCAGCUGGCGACAAACACAGAGCUCGAACCGAGAAGCCCAACCCACCACGGAGGCGCCAGCUGCCAGCCCAAUGAGCGUCCGCCUCCCGCGCCUCCCAACAAGCCGCACGCUGAUUGGCUUUCUUAGCCAGCCGCCGCGUUGCCCUGGCAACCAAGCAGGGGGACGCGGCGGCCAGGCGGCCAGGCCUAGCGCUACCCAGCCCCAGGUCUCAUCACUUGCCUCACUGAUAUCUGGCACCAUGUCGGUGCGGACGCUACCGCUGCUCUUCUUGAACUUGGGCGGGGAGAUGCUUUACAUCCUGGACCAGCGGCUGCGGGCUCAGAACAUCCCGGGAAACAAGGCCCGCAAAGAUGAAUGGACAGAGGUGGACAGAAAACGAGGCCCAGUUGGCUUUCAUCAAGAGAAUUAUUUCAUCAGGCCAGGCUCAAAGAAAAACACAGCUGAAGUGCUUGGGACACUUUUAUUGUAUUUUACCACUUUUCUUAAGCAAUUUUUGGCCCAGCUCUUGAGACAUGGUGGAAUCUCAGUUCUGAAUGACAUCAUCUCCACCAUGUUCAACCAAAAGUUUAUGGAGGAAUUAUUCAAACCCCAAGAGCUCUACUCCAAGAAGGCCCUGAGGACCGUCUAUGACCGCCUGGCUCAUGCCUCCAUUAUGAGACUGAACCAGGCCAGCAUGGAUAAGCUCUACGACCUGAUGACUAUGGCCUUCAAACACCAAGUACUACUGUGCCCCCGCCCCAAGGAUGUGCUGCUCGUCACUUUCAAUCAUUUAGAUGCCAUCAAGGGAUUCAUCCAAGACUCCCCAACCAUCCUGCAUCAAGUGGAGGAGACUUUCCGGCAGCUGACUGAAACCUACGGGGGUCUCUCUGCGGGGGAGUUCCAGAUGAUCCGGCAGACGCUCCUCACCUUCUUCCAGGACCUGCACAUCCGGGUAUCCAUAUUUCUGAAGGACAAAGUUCAGAAUUCCAAUGGUCGCUUCGUGUUGCCGGUGUCCGGGCCUGUUCCAUGGGGAACUGAAGUUCCCGGACUCAUCAGAAUGUUCAACAACAAAGGCAAAGAAGUGAAGAAGGUACAAUUCAAGCACGGUGGAAACUACGUCAUGGCACCAAAAGAAGGUUCUUUUGAACUGUAUGGAGACCGAGUCCUGAAACUGGGAACCAAUAUGUACAGUAUGAACCGGACUGUGGAAACCCAUAUGUCCAGGGCAUCAAAAAACUCAACUUCGCCGUCACAGGAAAGCAUUGCUCCAAACCCUCUUGCUAAAGAAGAACUGAAUUUCUUGGCCAGGCUGAUGGGAGGGAUGGAGAUUAAGAAACCCAGUGGCCCUGAGCCAGGAUUCCGGUUGAAUCUUUUCACCACUGAUGAAGAGGAGGAACAGGCAGCGCUAACCAGGCCAGAAGAGUUAUCCUACGAAGUCAUCAACAUCCAAGCUACUCAGGACCAGCAAAGGAACGAAGAGCUGGCUCGCAUCAUGGGGGAGCUGGAGGUCACGGACCAGCCGAGGCAGAGCGCCAGCAAGGGGGAGGACUUGCUUGCCAUGAUGGAUGAGCUAUAGCUGCACCAGCCCGGGACCCUUGGCACCCUGUGGGGCGGGCUCCCCAUAAGGACCCCCGGGUGCCCUGGAGGACAACACAAUGCCGCUAGUUUUCUGUGGAGUGAGCAGGUGCCUCCCAUUCCCGUCUGUGUUGUAACGAACUACGCAAGCCUCCCUCAAGGAGCAGUGUCUGGAAGGCACACACAUACCCAUGUUCUCGGCAAAAUAUAUUCUGGUUUUUAAAUCA